CUCGCCCUUGUAUUUGUGGCAGUGGUGGGGGGAAAGUUUCUCUGCAAAUACAUUUUUGCCUUAUUGCAAUCUAAAAACAACACUUCAUUCACCACCCAAGGUAGCAAUCUUUGAUUAGAAGUGUCCAGCGUAAAGCAGUCCCUAGGUUAGCCCUGAGACCUAUGCUCCAUGGUAGAAUCCAUUCAUUACCGCUGGUGAAGAGUUCGUGAAAGGAUCGUGUGCGCGCAACACUCGGUUAGGAGUGUUUUGUUUUUUCUUUCUCUUUCUGUGUGAGUGUGUGUGACAAAGGAAUUGUUGGUGUGUAAAAAUAACACCGAUUGUGCUUUUCGGUGCCUAUAACUGGGCGCUAAAUCUUCUAUCAACCCUUCAGCAAAAACCCUUGGACGGUAUCAAUAUUCGCCAACGAGGCGGUACCCACUUCCGGUUGAAAUAGACGACAGCGAGCGAAGCUACAUUAGUGGGUUGAGGGCUGGCCACUCUCAACUCAAUUCGGGGCGUUAUCUAAAGCGUUAAAAUUUCAUUAGAAUUAAACGGUGAAUUUAUCUCACUGUCCCGAUGGCACAAACAACUGAGUUCGUCAACGAUUGCCGCUCAUGGCGAGAAAUUCUAUCGGCAAAGUCGUCCGGCGGCGGCGGCCGUGGAGCCGUCGGACGACCGACGGGUGGAAGAAACGAUCUUCUUUUACGGAGGCCUAGUCAACCGAAGCAAUCGGGAUACCUUUUCGUCGUCGCUGGACGCGUCACCGCUCGGGCUGCUCUCGCCCUCGCCCACGCCGGAACUGUCGCUGCUGUCACCGGUGGACGACGAUACGGCGACGGCCUGGAUGAACACGACGACGAUGCUGGAAGCGUGUUCGCCACCGCCACCAACGCAGCCACAUUCGUCGGUGGAGCUGGAGCACGCACCCUGGUGGUCGGCGCCAACAUCCGCCGACAGCCUGUUUCCGGAGGUGGAGGUCGAGGUGGAGGAGGACGGCGACGAUUGCGCCGUGCGGGAGAUGGCGGCGGGUCAGCACGGCAGGAAGGGUCGGGCGGACGUGCAGCGCAGCAGCGCUACAACAGGUGAACGGUCGCUGGGGGAAGCGCGAAAGACAGCAGCGGAUGUCUGCCGGAAUGAAUUUGACAAAAUCAGACGUUUCAGCGGUACUGAAACGAGCGUAACUGUACACGACGUAUGUAAUAAGACCAUCAGCAGCAGCAGCAGCAGAAACGGCGGCUGCAGCAGCAGCCAGUUUUCUAGCGGAGCACGAAGCCAUGUGGCCUCGGGUAGCUGCAACGGUAGUGGGACUGUUGCAGCCGCUUCUCCCUCGGACGCCGCUGUUGCCACCCUCGGGCAGCAACAGCAGCAGCACCUGUCAAUCUCCCCCAAAAAACCGUGUGACUUCAGUAGCAUUAUUAGCGAUAGCAGUAAUAGUAAUAGAGGUGGUGGUGGUGGCGUUGGUUACCACAGUAGCAGCAGCAGCAGUGGGUCCGGUAGUAGGCCGUUCGCGGCCCCCAUACUACCAGCGGAGGCGGCAGUUGUUGGCACAGGUGGCCACAAGGUGGUCACCGCACUGACAUCACUACUACCCGACAUUGAAUGGACGAAUGAGACUUGUAUCGGGGGCGGCGGCGGCAGCAGCGGGCACAGCUUCACCAACACUAUUGUUGGCGAUCCGCGUCACCUGUGGCUAAGUUCGCCAACCGCCAGCAACAGCAGCAGCAGCCCAAGCAUUAGCGAGAUUGAGCUGGAACGCAGUUUGGACGAAUAUCGCCGAGCUAGCCGGGCCGGCCAGGCGAAAACCAUCGAGACGAGCAUCGACUGUGCGAACCUGCUUAACGAACUUCAGGUUGAGCUAACCGAACCACCGUUCACCAACAGCCCGCCCGUCUCGCUUCACGAAGAGAUCGAACAGCUGUCCAGUGCGUUCGACUGCGACGUUUCCAACCAUCUAGUGUCGGCGGCCGAUCCGCUGCCGUUCGUGGGUCUCUCCGCGAACGACAACGAACCGAUACCGCUCAACAUACUCAAGUGGCUGCAGGAGGACAUUUCCAACAACAACCCGGUACGUCCGGAACUCGUCGAAACGCCUGCCAGCUUUUUCGAGCCCCCGAGCAGUUCCAGCAACGAAAUCUCAACCACCAACAGCGCCGCCGCACACACGAACGAUACGUUCGAGCGGAGUCUCGAUCUGAUCCAUAACAUCAACGGUCUGACGCAAGGCAAACGUGCUACUGCGACCACCACCGCAACGACAACGACGACUGCGAGUACGCAUACUUCAGCAAACCAUCCACAACGUGACCACAAUUACUACGCCAUGAAGCGACGCCUGCAGGAGGAGGAGGAUGUCAGUGGCGAAUAUACUACCAUGGGCGGCAAGGCCAAGAUGCCCAAACUGCAACACCUUAGCGAUGCUGGCUGGACUACGACCACCGGCAAUCAGGCGAAAUUCUCAACACCUUCCGCAUUCGGUCACGCAGCACCAGCUGCAGCGGCGAGCAGUAGUAGCAAACAAUCGGCCACUGCCGCGGUCAACGCUAUGGGCCGAAAGCUAUCCCUUGCCAGCCGUAAGGCACCGACGCUUGCUGUAAACGUGACACCGAAGCCAUCGCCUGCCAGCACUAUUGCUGGGCACGCAGUGUUGCUGCAAACCACCGCCUCGACAGGAACGACAACGACGACAUUGACGACGAACAACGCCCCAUCGCAUGAACCGCCGCUACGCAUGCUGCCACUACAGCAGGCAGCAACACUCAACACGCCGGACCUAACCAACGACAUUUUGGAUUUGGAGGAUGAAAAGUUUGAUCUUCUGUCAUUCAUCGACACCAAUGACGAAUCGUUAGAAUUUGGCUGCUAUCAGUCAACCGUAGUAGUAGACGAGAAACCCACACUAGACCUGCUAGCCUCACCAUCCAUCACGUCCACGGACCGUCUAAAGGCACCACCGGUCGACCAAGACGAUCCGAGGUCAUCGACGCCCCGCCCAUCGAAGGCCACCGCCGACGGUGGACAGGACAGCAAGGGUGACGCCGCAAAGCAAAUCUACCAGCUGCUAACGCUAGACAGUCUCCGGCAGCUAACGAACGCGUCGGAAGAUUCGGCCUCGUCUACGCGAGCCGCCACCACGACCGGCCGUCGGACCAAUGCCAGCAGCAGCGUGUGCAGCAUCGGGUCCCGCUCGUCCGCGUCGUCGGUUUGCGGCGAUUCCAGCUCGGACGUUUCGUCCAGCACCACCAAAACGCCGAAGCGCCGGGGCCGACCACCGAAGGCGGCCGGUACGGUGCGCGAUCGAUCGCAGUAUCAGCAUCUGAGCGAAGCCGACUGGCGGUACCGGGAGCAGCGGGACAAGAACAACGAAGCGUCACGGAAGUCGCGCAUCAACCGGAAGGACCGGGAGCUGAAGCUCGAGAUGGAGGCGGACCGGUUGAGCGCCCAGCACCAGAAGCUGUCGUACGAGGAGCGUCGCCUGCAGCAAGACUGCCAACGGUGGCGCAAGGCGGUCAUGAAGCUGGCACUGCUGUAAACACCAUCAUCCCAUCCCUCCCCCCCCCACCAUCGCCCUCUUCCCAUCUACGCUGAUUUGGCUCUUGCUACUAGCGGUUAGGAGUGUUUUAGUGUGUAAGAAUUUGGCAAAUUUUAGUAAUUUACUGUUUUGAGUUAAUCACAUAGCACACACACACUUAUAUUAGGCUAACGUUACAAUUAUAUAUAUCCCGCACAUUAUACUGACGAGCAGUUUUGAUAAGCUGCCCUGGAUCGCUAGGUUCGUUCUUGAGAUUCCCAAUCUUUCCCAGGGCUAGAUUGCUAAUGAUUGCUUGGUUUGUUUUUUUUUCAUCUCAAACCACCGCAUUGUUUUAAACAUGUGGACGCUUGUUAUAUAACUUGAAAAGCACUGUGUUUGCCUCGUUAGAUUGUUUUGUUUUUCUUUUUCUAAAAUCUUGUCUUGCUACGACGACCACACCGUGAAACAGGUGUGCUGUUUCUCUGUAUGAGUGGUUGUGCGUGUGUGUGUGUGGAUGUGCAUACCACAACGCUGCGCCUACUGUCGAAAUAAUGGUCGAAAACAAUAGUAUAUGUGCAAAGGGCGCGCGCGCUUGUGUGUGUGUGUGUGUGUGUGUAGAUGUGUGGAUGUGACAAGUGCGCUUGUUGAUUGUAUAUUAGGUGUUUAUGGAUUAUUUUCAUAUUUUUCAUAUAGUUUCUCUCUCUCUCUCUCUCUUCUAAAUAAUGUUGGUGGAGGUUUUGUUUUUAUGUAUCUAUUUGAGCGCGCGCGCACACAUACACGUAAACUUUCAAAUUACAAACAUUUUACGUCGUGUAAUGUGACUAACUGUAGUAAUUAGCUGUUUAAAACAAAAAAAGCAACAAAAAUGUAAGAAAAAAAAACAACAAAUGUUAUUACACAAUUGCUUCUCUACUGCUUUUUGAAGAGAGAUAACAAAUGGAAAUUAAAUGUACAACACGCUAUUUUUAAAAUCUUGAUAUAAAUAAAGGCGGCUCGGCUGUCAAAAAAAAAAA